AUGGGACUCCUCUCCACCACGACGACCCUACUGGCUGCUGCAGGCGCGCUGCUCUUGCAGCCCACAGCGGUCCUCGCAUUGCACUUCAACAUCACGGCCCUGGGGGCGGCCAAUAACGCCUCGACGCUCGAGUGCUGGCAGAUGGACACGCCCUUUGCAAUCUCGACGCAGCAGGGCACCGCCGGCAGCGCGCAGCUCCAGCUGGGCAACACGAGCGCCAUCUCGUACAGCGUGCUGCCGGCGCAGUUCGACGCUGGGGUGCACAACGCGCCUGCGAACCAAUGGGUCAUCUUCCUGUCUGGCCUAGCUUACAUCUCCCUCCCGGAGGACGACACGACCAGCGUGUACGUGUCUGGCGGGCAGUUCGGCCUCAUCUUUGCCGCCGACACGUCCGACGUCAGCGCGAGCGGUCACGCCACGGCCUACCCUGGAACCACCGAGACGAUUGCCAUUCAGAUCCCCACCGAGGACGGCGAGAUCCCGGACCACUCGAUCUUGCAUCCCGGCCCUUGCACUGCGAACGACACCCUGGGCUUGCUCAUGCUGGGUGCUGGAAGCGGCUAA